AUGCCCUCCAGGCUGGUGGAGGCAAGGGAGGGGGCAGGGAAGUGUGUGGGCUUUGGAGUCCGCAGGUCUGGGUUCACGUCCUGUUCUAACACUUACUGGCUGUGUCAGAGUAAGAGCAUGAUGCUGGAUGGCCCAGCCCCUGUGGAGGCUCAGUAUGCAGAGGAGGGUCCAGGAUCUGGGAUCUUCAGAGAAGAGCCAGAAGACCCCCUACAGAGCCCGGAGGCCCAGGCGCUGCUGCACCGGGUGGCAUGGCUGGGCGUGCUGGGAGCCCUAGGGCUGCUGGCUGGUGUGAGCAUCGGCUCCUGGCUUCUAGUGCUGUAUCUGUGGCCAGCUGCCUCUCAGCCUGUCCCCGGGACCCAGGAUGAGGAGAUGACUUGGAACUGCUCAGAGGCCAGUGAUGAGGAAGCCCUGCAUCCCUCGUUCCCAGAACAGGUAGUAUCUUUCAGGAUAAACCCAGAGGAAUUCUUACUGGAAGUACAGGUGAGGGCCCGGCCAGACUGGCUCCUGGUCUGUCACGAAGGCUGGAGCGCUGCCCUGGGGGUGCAGAUCUGCCGGAGCCUGGGGCAUCUCAGACUCACUCACCAUAAGGCAGUGAACUUGUCUGACAUCAGGCUCAACGGCUCCAGGGAGUUUGCUCAGCUCUCUCCUAGAUUGGAAGGCCUCUUGGAGGAGGUGUGGCAGCCCAGGGACAGUUGUACUUCUGGGCAAAUCGUGUCCCUCCAAUGCUCUGAGUGUGGGGCCAGGCCCCUGGCUUCCAGGAUAGUCGGCGGGCAGGCGGUAGCUCCCGGGCGCUGGCCCUGGCAGGCCAGUGUGGCCCUGGGCUCCCGGCACACGUGUGGAGGCUCCGUGCUGGCCCCGAGCUGGGUGGUGACGGCGGCACACUGCACGCACAGUUUCAGGCUGUCCCGUCUGUCCAGCUGGCGGGUCCACGUGGGGCUGGUCAGCCACAGCACAGUCAGGCCACACCAGGGGGCCGUGGUGGAGCGGAUCAUUGCCCACCCUCUCUACAGCGCCCAGAAUCACGACUACGACCUCGCCCUCCUGCAGCUCCGGACCCCGCUCCACUUCUCAGACACCGUGGGAGCCGUGUGCCUGCCAACCGAAGAGCAGGCUUUUCCGAGGGGCUCGCAGUGCUGGGUGUCUGGCUGGGGCCACACUGACCCCAGCCACACCCACAGUUCGGACACGCUCCAGGACACGGUGGUGCCCCUGCUCAGCACCCAGCUCUGCAACAGCUCUUGCGUGUACAGCGGGGCCCUGACGCCCCGCAUGCUGUGUGCCGGCUACCUGGAUGGGAGGGCCGAUGCCUGCCAGGGGGAUAGCGGGGGCCCCUUGGUGUGCCUGGACGGGGACACCUGGCGCCUGGUGGGCGUGGUCAGCUGGGGCCACGGCUGUGCGGAGCCCAACCACCCGGGCGUCUACAGCAAGGUUGCUGAAUUCCUGGACUGGAUCCAGGACACGGCGCAGAACUCCCUCCACUAGUCCCGUUGUUCUCUCCAGCUCACUGCGUACAAGCCUCAUGUUUCCUGGGGUCUCUGGCAGGUCCACUAGAUGGAGGAGAAGCAGCAGCCCUGGAUGCAGAAGGCAUGGAUCUCUUAUCACUGCACAAGGGACAGUCACCACCCAUGGGCCAGCUUCCGGGUCACAGGGCCUCCCCCUUGGGCCCUGAGUUGCAUCCCUUCAUCUCACCAGAGAGCCUCAAUGACAGGAGAGACGCCAGGGCUGGGUUGGGAAGGUGGAGGAACAGAGAGAUGGCAGGAAGCAUCUGGAAAGGAAGAAGCUGCUGGCAGCAGCUGGGAGCCUGCCCUUCAGCACCGCCGCCCCCCCCCGCCCCAGCCCUAGUCCAUAUCUUUUGGGUGGAUGCUUAGGGAUGCCCUGGGCCUGCCUUCCCCCUGUGCUCUCAGGAGGGGGGUGUGCCUUCCUAGAGAUCCAGGCUGGGAAGUUCCUGGGCAGAGAGGGUCAAGGCUGGCCCAGCCCAGGUUAAAGCCAUGGAAUCUUCUCUCAGUCUCAUCUGCUUUCUGCUCUCAACUGGCUUUGGUUGGACCUGCUAAGAACACAUUGUAAGAUCACACUGGUUGGUGUUGGAAUCGGGUAUAGGUUUUAAAAUGACACUUCUGUGAACUGG